UUCCAUGGAUUUUUCAUAUCAAAAACUACGUUCCAAGAAAAGCUUCAUACAUAGCCAAUUAGCCAUCAUCUUAGAAGGAAGAAGAAGAAGAAGAAGCCAUGGAAGGUCUGAUUCCUUAUCUUCUCCAUGCAAUCAAGAAGCAGAAGGGUUACAACAGCUACAGGUCCUUAUCCGAGGGCUCCACCCGUAGCUACCAUUUGUUGUUAAAUGCACAGGACUCGGCCAAUGGAUCGUCUCACCGGCGAACCCGGUCGGAGUUCCAGCCACCAGCCAUCGAGUUCACUGAGCAACGAUAUUCCGGUGUUGACCUUAUCCGCUCGCACAGCGUUCACAAAUUCUCCUCCUCAAGUAAUUCUUCGGUGGGUGGUGCUCCAAAGAUCGAUUCCUAUCCAUUCCAUGUCCAGAGUGAAGCUAAUAUUCGUCGACGUCGAUGAACAACUCUGAUUUUUUCUAUUGUUAAUAAAUUUUUUAACUUUUAUUGAUUUUAUGUCCUAUUCUUUCAAGCUGCUCUUUAAUGUUGUGUUCAGGCGUGAAAAUCAAGGUUCCGGUGGAGCUUCAUCAAAACGAUGGGGUCACACCAUUC